AGAGAGGACAUGAGAAGUCCUCUGGGACUGUAGGAGGACAAAGGGUACGGAUGCAUUCCUUGGUCAAGCUUUUAACCAUUCUGAUUGAGAAGGAUUUGAGGAGAGCUGAGGAUGAUAAUGCUCAAGGUGAUGGACGUGGUGAUGAUACCGCUGCCUGA